GAGUCGGUUUGUACUAUUUACAGACGUCCGCUCUUACCAAUAUUAUUAUGUGCUAGCGCGGGGGGUUUUUUUCUUUUUUUUUUGACCUCAUUGCUGCUCAAUCUCAGCCCUAUUCGUUUCAAGGAGCGUGACAUACCCGCUAGCUUGAAGCCUGCCAACGUCUCAGUUGUGAAGUCAGCUGGCUGCUCCACCCAUCUCUUCAUCUACAACCGACCUCAACACUUUGCACAAUUGAAUUGUAGUCUCAGCUAGGAAAUAUCUAUAACUUUCUAUCGUUGCUCUACUUUCAGCCGUCUCGUUCUUUCCGAGCUUCUCGGUUUCUCUACUGUGGAUGCCACUCAUCAUGGCCUCUUCAGCUGGCACGUCCGCGCAUAUGGACAAGUCUAUUACUUCGACCUCGAGUGCGAUGAAUGGUGGCGGUAGCUCAUCGCUAUUGGAAAAAGCUAAGACCGGUCAUCGACGCUCAACGCCGGAUUCUGAGGCUUUGGCUUCGUCUGAAGACGAGCAGGAUAACUCGUUGAGACUCCGGCGAUUCUCUACUACAGCUGCUGCGAAACCUCCGAGGCGUGCUUCGUGGCUCAACGACGUUCAACCAAUUUCACAACGCAAAUCGUCGUUAGUCUCAACCUCAUCAUUCGUACCGAGCAGCCCUCAAUCAAAUGCAUCUGCUGGGGAUGCCUCGUUGUGGGGUGCCGGCAUCAACGCAGCUCCGACUUCCACUCUUGGCCGUGCUGCACGGAACUCUACCUCAUUUUCUUGGGGAAGUAACAUCUGGAAUGAUGCACGGAAAGAGCCCCCCUCGCGGUUGACUGAGGUCCUUCCAAUCUCAAACUCGCCUUCAACCUUGCACGAGGAAUCCAAUACUGGAACCCUUCCCCGAGCUCCGGAGGAGUCCAUCCCAUUUGCUAUCCCCUUGCACCCCACUCCCAAAACUUACCGUUCCCAGUCAUACUCCGUGGGGCAAAUGGACCCAGAAUCUCCAAGCUCUACAAUCCCUGGAACGUUCUUUCCAGGUAAUCGACCAAGGCCUUUUCAGCCUCCUGGUCUCCAACAUCGCUCUUCUCGUCCGAGUGUUCUGGGUGACGCCCCCCAUGAUGGAUCAUCUCUCGGACGGCUUCGUGAGGUAGACGAUGACUACGAGAGUACUAACGGCUCUGAAGAGGGCGUUCAAUUGUCUGCUCAGCAUGCUCGUUCCAUUGCAUAUGAGAAUGAGCAGUUGGCGAUCCAGAAUGCUCUGCUUCGGCAGCAGGUAGCUGCAACUCAGUCUGGACGAGCUCAUCCCAGAGAGCGCAGUCUCUCCGGUGUCAGUGCGAUGAACGGCCUAUCUCCUAACGGAUCAAAGUCCAGAAAUGCGUUUGGACUUCCAGAAGACCUCAAAGAAGAGGCUGAUUUCGCUGUUGAUGAAGCUGAUGAUGUGCGUACUCAUGAUAACAAAGGCCAUGCAGGCAGACGAUUCAGUGAAUUCUCGGCAGCUCCAGAAGCUCGUUUCCCGACUUAUCGGAUGCCGGAAAACCGCCAGCUCGAGAAUCUCAAAAAGACGCAUUGGCAAAGUUCACUUGACUUUGGAGGCCUCCCGGACAUUCCCCAAAGUCGCCGACACUCUUUUGCUGAAGUUCCCAGCCGGCACAGCUUGGUCAACCAGCCUACAGACCAGCUUGGAAACGAUCUUGGGUUAGCUUUGGCGGACAAACUAGAAGCAUCCAGCCGCACCGGCAGCGGCACUGGUCAGCAGGGUCAUGCCGAGAUUGCAUCCUACUUUUCCGGACUGCUUCCCACGACCACGAACGGUGGGACUGCCUUUCCCGAGAGCUACGCUCAGGCUCAUACUGGUUCACGGAACCUAUACGGACUCCCUCAGCAUCUUGCCCUUUCUCAACCUCAUCAGAACCAGUUACUCUAUGUCGUCACAUUCAAGUGCUGCCGCGCCGACAUUUUUUACAUUCAGGAGGGAACUGGUUUACAGGUCAAGCCUGGAGACUUGGUGAUUGUCGAGGCAGACCGCGGCACCGAUCUUGGAACCGUUGCCCAUGACAAUGUGACUUGGGCGAAAGCCAAGGAAUACAAAGAAUACUAUGCUGAGGAGCAUUACAAGUGGCUGAUGAUGUUCUCCCGUCAGGGACAGACAGCAAGCGCGGCUGGUGCGCUUCCUGGGAGCGGUGGCUCUCAUGGAAGUGCUAUUGGCGGCAUGGGUCCUCCGCCCCAUGGGCAUCAUACAAUGCCAGAUACGAUAACCAGUGAGAUUAAGCCAAAGAUGAUUAAAAGGCUGGCCCAAAACCAUGAGAUUCAGACUUUACGAGACAAAGAAGGAAAUGAAGCCAAGGCAAAGCGCGUUUGCCAACAAAAAGUGGUCGAGCAUCGUUUGAACAUGGAGAUUCUCGAUGCUGAGUUCCAAAUGGAUUGGAAAAAACUGACAUUUUACUACUUUGCGGAUUCUUAUAUUAAUUUUAACUCGCUGGUAACCGAUCUUUUCAAAGUCUACAAGACUCGAAUCUGGAUGUCGGCGAUCAAUCCUGCGUCGUUUGCAACUCCCAGCGCUGGCCUGCAGCCACCCAAUGGAAUUGGCCCCGGUGCCCUGGCUAGUUCUAGGGACCAGUCUCUUGAUGGCCGCGGCCAGAGAGAUCAGUCGGGUUACACCACUCUGUUGGGGUCUUAUCGAAACUAUUUCACUCCGUCCAGUGAGCCUGGCAAAAACGGAAAUCAGUCUCAGGCCACGGCUUUCCAGAACCUUUAUAGCACACCUAGCCAAGUGUCGGGAGCUGCUGGGCGCAGCGCUGGUUCAAGCUUACAAGAUUACCAGAGCCCACAGCACACGCUUGCUCCGUCUGCUUCUUUUGGGCCUAUUGGAUACGGCGGAUUUGGUGCGAACCAAUCCGACAUCCCGGCCAAUGGCGCUCAGUUUAGAAAAGGAUUGCCCCUUGGCAAUGAAUGGGUCACUGGGUUCCAAGGACUCUCUCUCGACUCUCAUUAGGUGUCCGCUGCAUCUUGAACAGCCUUCGGUAUUUCUAAUGUCGCUCGCUGAACUCUUUCACCUGUUCCUGCACUAAGUUGUCUCGGACUUAUGACUCCUCUUUUUACGUUGGAAACUGAUCAUACUGCCUCUUUCAACGUUUUGAAUGCCGAUCUAAUCCACUCACGAAGAUCCAAGGAUAUUUUGCGGGGUAUUCCGAUAA